CUUUUAAUUAAUAUUAAUAGUUUCAGUAAGCACUUUCAAGGUAAUGCUAUAUGUUUGUUAUCAUCCGAUCGCAUUACCGAUGAUACGAUCCCAAACGGAUCAAAGUACAAGUGGAAAUUGUUGGGUCAAGAACCCAAUUAAACUUGCUGGAAAAACCUGGAUUUUUGGUGGCAACUCCCUUUACAGCUUGGAGUGUCUGGGAGCUCGAGGCAAUGCUGGGAAGAGUGACUUUCGAGCUCAACAAAAGUCUAUGACAACACAGUCAAUCUGCCAGGUUUUGCCUAAGGCAUGAGACAGUUUCGGGAAGGCCACUUUGAAGCUCAAGGCACGACGAAUGGCUGGGAAUCGAGCUUCAAUGUUUAGUCCAAAUGAAAGUUCACAUUUUCUAGUACAUAAACAAGGUAUUGGGUGAUUCAAGCGGGCUCGGGAGGAGGGGGAACGAGGGUCUCCAAGUUGACAUCAACACCAGCUGGUUUCUCGCUAUUCAUUUUUUUUUAAGGAAAACAAGGAAUUUUUUAUCGUCGUAUGUUUGUGUAUAUAACAGUUCAUAACUUGUUCGGUGGGAACUUCCGAGAUAAAUACUGAU